UUAAAAUCUCAUCCCGAAAACAAUAAUAUUUCAUUUCACCUUUUUCUUCGGGCGAUAGACAAAAUAAAAAAAAAAAAAUUCUCUGAUCUCUUUUCAUUUCCCUCUACUUUUCUCCAUUUUCCAAUCUUUGGAGGGAAAGGCCAAAAUUUAAUUUCGAUCUCCAAAAAUUUGACUCAAAAAUCAUCAUUUUGUCCUGAAAUACUAUGAGCAGCUCAUUCAUGUGAUCUUCCAAGCGUCUAAUUUCUGGUGGGAUAAUCUGAAUGCGCUAUGCAGACAAGAAAAAGAGCAACAGGAAGGAACUCUCGGGAUCUUGCCAGCCCAAGUGUUUCUAGACAGCAAAAGAGCUUGGUUCAAAAUGUGCAUCUUCAAACCAAGAAAGUUACGGAGCUAAUCACAUCAUCUGCUCGGAAGAAAAAAGUUGGUACAAUUUCAAAGGAAACUCAGGACCCUGUUAAUGGAACAAAUUUGGAUACUGAAUUCAAAUUGGCCGAUGAUGAUUCAAUUAUGUGCUCGGGAUACCCUACUGAACAUGGAUUGGAUAAUUCUUAUGCAAAUAAGGAUCUUGAUGAUCGAGCAGUCAACUGUGACACAGAUACCAUAUUUUCUCCUUCCUUCCAUAUUCCAAGAAGUGUUGGUGAGGAAAUUUCAAGUGAAGAAUUCUACAAUUUCUUUCAGCAUGGUAACGAGCAGUUUGAGGACUGUGAAAAGGAGAAUGUCCAGAUUGAUGGCCAUGGUAGUGUUGCUCUUUCUCCCGAAGUUUCAGCAAUAUAUCUAUCCAUGAAAAAUUCAAAUCUGGAAUGCAUUGACGAGAACAAUCAGGAUCACAUGUUAGCAGGUGUUUACCAAGAGGAAGAGGAUGCUGAAGAAUAUGAUGAUUUUGAUCCAUACUUUUUCAUAAAAAAUUUACCGGACUUAUCGUCAGUGGUACCAGCAUUUCGGCCUUUUCUCUUGCCCAAGCAAACAAGAAGCUGCCCAUCCACCUCACUUGUGCUGGAUUUAGAUGAGACUUUGGUGCACUCUACUCUAGAACCAUGUGAAGAUGCAGAUUUCACAUUUACAGUCAAUUUUAACCUGACGGAUCACACUGUAUAUGUCCGCUGCCGUCCUCAUCUUAAAGAUUUCCUGGAAAGAGUAUCCACACUUUUUGAGAUUAUAAUUUUUACUGCCAGCCAAAGCAUUUACGCAGAGCAACUUCUAAAUGUGCUUGACCCGAAAAGAAAAAUCUUCCGUCAUCGUGUGUAUCGUGAUUCCUGUGUGCUUUUUGAUGGAAAUUACCUCAAAGACCUGUCAGUUCUUGGCCGUGAUCUUGCACGUGUAAUUAUAAUCGAUAAUUCUCCUCAGGCUUUCGGUUUCCAAGUGGACAAUGGAAUACCUAUAGAGAGCUGGUUUGAUGACCCUUGUGAUACUGAACUAUUGUUGCUGCUUCCAUUUUUGGAAAGUUUAGUUGGGGCUGAAGACGUAAGGCCUCUGAUUGCCAAAAAGUACCAUCUUCGGGAGAAGGUAGAUGCUGCUGUUUGUCCUUUGGAUUAUGAAAGAUGAGCACUUGUACUUGUUGCCUAGACUCAGACUAUCUUCAUAAAAAUUAAACAGCAAACAUUUAGAGCAGAUAAUUUAAGUUGAUAGACUCAGUUGUAUCGGACUCUUCAUUUACUUGCUUGUAUUAUCUGUAUGUCAGAGUUGUAUGUUCACAGAUAUAAAAAUUGCACUCUGUUUUACUACACUUAAUUAUAUAUGUGCUUUGUUUGUGCCGAAUUAUUUUUAGACU